AUGGAAAGUUCAAUCGACCGACUCACAAUAGCAAUUUAUGACUAUCUUCAAGUAAAAGGUUUCCCAAAGGCAGCUGAUAUGCUCGCACAAGAGGCAACAAUUAAUGUAAACCAUCCAAGGAUAUCUUACCAAGAUAUUUUGCAUCAAGCCUGGAAUCACUAUAUUCAAUGUACUUUUUUUAACCAGCACCACCUUGUUCAAUUUGGUCAAAUCCAAAAUCAUGCUGGUUCGGUCGGUCUAAUGGGGCAACUCCUUCAACAGCAACCGCAGCCACCGCCACCUCAAGUUCAACAACAACAACAACAACAACAACAGUUGUCACCAGCCCAACAACAAAGUAUUCAACAACAAGUUCAACAACAAGUUCAACAGCAAGUUCAACAGCAACAACAACAACAACAACAACAACAACAAUUGUCACCAACUCAACAAAGCAUGCAUCAACAAAGUAUUCAACAACAAGUUCAACAACAAGUUCAAAAUAUGCAACAGCAAGCUCAACAACAACAACAACAACAACAAUUGUCACCAACUCAAACUUCGUUGGGAGGAUCAGUUUCGACACCUUCGCCACAACAAACUGUUACUACUGCCACUACAUUUCUAAAUGUUGGAGGUAUGUCUUCGAACAUUGCCGGACUCGGACUGAGUGGGAUCGCAAGUCUUUUGCCAAUCGCAACCACUUCUACUACGACCACCACCAGUACUACCAACAACUCUGUUGGAUCUCGUCCGUUUGGUACCUCACCUCCUAUCAAUCUCAUCAGCAUUCCGGCUACUGGCGCCACUGCCAAUCUUCACCAACAAUACAAUGCCAUGCUUGAUAUGACUGCCAAGGCUCCAUUGUCUCCUCACCAACAACAACAACAACAGGAGCAACAACAACAACAACAACAACAAGCGGCAGCGCUUCAAAACCAACUUUUUUCUACAUCUCCGGCACAGCCAUUUCCAGCUGCAACCUCAACCACCAAUGUAUUAAACCAUCUCUCUUUUUCUCUACCUCAACAACAACAUGUUGGGGAGAAACAACCUGUACAGCAAGCUUUGCAAACUAUUAUUCAACAGCAACAACAACAGCAACAACAACAGCAACAACAACAACAACAACAACAACAACUUUCUGUACAAUUACAACAACAAAUUCAAUCAAAUACCAAUCUAUUUGAAAAUGUAAAUGUUACUUCGCCAUCAAUUCUACUUCAACAACAAACAUCACCAUCACAAUCUUUCCAAGUUGCUCCGGCCUCUCCAUCUGCCAAGACGUCGACCACUAGUACUCUGUCUUCACCAUUGACCCCUCUUGGAAGUGGUAUCACUCCAAUGAAGGUUGAAUCCAACAACGAGUCGGAUGAUUCCGACUAUGAUGAUGAUCAAGAGCCAAGCUUGGUGUCCAAAAAGUAUCCGUGCACCUAUCCAGGAUGUGACCGUAUCUUUGCGUCGCCAGCCAUUGUCAAGAGACACAUGAAAGACCAUGGAGGUGCCAAGCCAUACAUCUGUCCCCACGAUGGUUGCAGCAAGGCCUUUGCCAGAAAGUAUGAUCUCAAGGUUCACCUACGCUCACACACUGGCGAGAGACCCUACACUUGCUCUCACCCAGGAUGCCACAAACGUUUUGCGCGGAACUCGGAUCUUCGUCUACACGAAAGAAUUCAUUCCGGUGAAAAACCCUAUGUUUGUGAAUGUGAAGGUUGUUCAAAAAGAUUCAUUCGUUCUGCUGAUUUAAAGAAACAUCAAAAAACUCAUAAACUUCAUAAUACUCAUCCACAUAAACAUGGAGCAGGAUGUGGUCAUACUGCAAUUGCACAUGAUGAUCAUAUUGAUUUUCUUCAUGACAAACAUCUCCAUUCGGUGAAUCAUGAGAAUAUUGAUGACCAUAUCGAUGGACACCUCCACCACGUUCACGAGGGCCACUGUGACGACCACGGCUGGAUCGAGGUUUUGAACAACUUUUUGACCCACAAUGACAAGGUUAUGCAACAACAACAACAAACCAUUGUUCACCAUCAUCAUGGUAAUAGUCCACAUCACCAUCAUCAUCAUCAUCAUAACCAUAACCAUGCCCAACAACAACAACAGGUCAAUAAUACCCUCAACCAAAUGGCAAACAACAACAACAACAACAACAAUAGUAAUACUAAUCUUCUUUUACAACAACAACAAGUUCAACAACAUCAACAUCAACAAUCACCAACAUCAUAA